AUGCGCCUCGCAUAUUAUGCUGGCGCCUCCACGGCCGCGGCGGCAGCAUGUCUGCUCAAGGCCUUCCAUCAACGACCGAACUUCUAUAGCGCCACCGUAUAUCUCUCACAAUCCAACGCCUGCCUCCUAGUCCUGACCAACCUACUGCUGAUCUUGUCCUGCGCCUUUCUUUAUGCUCUGCAGCGCGUGCUGUAUGGCCGUCUGAGACCGAUCGAGAUCGAACAGCUGAGCGAGAAAGCAUGGUACGCAGUGCUAGACACCCUUCUGGCGAUGCCCAGCUUCCGAGAGGACGUAGGUGGGCACUUGCUGUUCAUGUUCGUGCUGUUACUCGCAGGCAAGGUCUGGGGAUGGAUCGGCGAGGGCAGGGUGGAUGUGCUGGAGCAAGGACAGUUGCCCACCGGCGGAAACGCUGCGAGAUUGUUCCAUGGACGGCUUGCAACAAGUCUGAUUAUCAGCGUGUUGUUCAGCUUCGGAAUGCUGAAAUAUUGCGUCGAUACAGUGGUGGAGGAUCCACGACCCGGCAUGAUGGUUAUUUUCACAUUUGAGUUUGCCAUACAGUGCAUCUUCAGCACAUUCACGCUUGCGAGAUACGGCCUGAGUCUGGUGGAAAUGAGUGUCGUGAAGAAGCAGACCGUGGCGGCGAUAGAGGCAAGAAAGAGCGAGAUCAAGGCCGAGCGAGAAGCAGCGAAAGCACUCGCAAGGCAGGAAGGAAGAGAAGAACCAACAUUUGAAGACGGAAUUGAUGUUGACGAGAAUGAGGUCGAUGCUCCUGGCUGGGAAGAGAAGCGACGCUGGUUAUUCGGCUUGGAACUCUUCACGGACCUGAUCAAGCUCGUGAUAUACGUCCUCUUCUUCACUGUCAGCAUCACUUUCAAUGGCCUACCGAUGCAUAUCAUGAGAGAUGUCUACAUGACAUUUGCAUCUUUCAGCAAGAGAAUCACCGACUACGUGGCAUAUCGCAAGGCCACCACAGAAAUGAACACCCGCUACCCAGAUGCAACAACCGAAGAGAUCAGAGGAGACUCUUGUAUCGUGUGCAGAGAGGAAAUGGUCGCAUGGGCAGAAGGUGAACCUCAAGCACCACCUCAGCCUCAAGCCAACCCUCAGCCGGAUGCUCAGGCGCCAGCUGCACCACAACCUGCACCGGCAUCAGCAGCGGCACCACAACCUGCAGCCGCACCCGUUGCUGUGCCUGUACGGAGACGAGAUGAAGGCCUCCGAGCAAAGAAGCUCCCGUGUGGCCACAUUCUCCAUCUCAGAUGUCUCAAGGCUUGGCUGGAAAGACAACAAGUCUGCCCGACGUGCCGGCGACCUGUUGUCACUGCGACACCUCCUGUCAACAAUGGUGCCGCUGGAGCAAAUCCACAAGCUCCCGGUCAGCCAGGGCAGCCUGGUCAGCAUCCACCACAACAGCGACCACGCGGCAGAGUCUUCAACCUUGGCCCACUGCGCAUUGGCUUAGUCAAUGCUCCUCAAGGCCAGGUACAGAACAUUCUCAACCAAAUUCAGCACCCAGAAGCUGCUGCCAAUCAGGUCAAUGCAGCUCAACCGCCCACAGCCGACGCUACUGGCAGUGGAGUUGCUACGACUAGAAUUCAGGGCACUGGUGCUACCUCAUCAGUACCGAUUCACAUACAGCUUAUGCAGAGGGAGCAAAGGAUGAUGCGAGACGCCCACAACUUGGCCCUCGACCAACAAGCAUACGUAAACUUGCGAGCAAUGGAGGCUGAGUUGGCACGGCUUCGAGCUUUGCGAGUACCUGAACAGCAGCCUGUCGGAAUCACAGCGCAACAACCUCCACUGCAGCAAUUUAUGCCGCACUUGCCUUUUCAGCAGAUGGGCAUGGGUUUCCCACAGCCAUUCUUUCAGCCUCCUCCUCCUACGAUUACGGAUCAGCUAAAUGGUAGUAACGCCGAGCAGAUAGCAUCUGGAUCGGAGCAAUUGCCAGAGGGACUGGUUCUCCCAGAAGGCUGGACGCUCAUGCCGCUUCACAGACUCGGUGAACAGCAGGAUGCAGCGCAGCAGGAGCAGCCUAAUCCCACAUCUACAUCAACACAACAGCAUGAGGCAAACACCAAUGCUACGACAUCAAUCACCAAUGCACCUCUGUCCGCAGAUCCUUUAACUGCUGCAACACAAGCUGCCGAAGCUACUGCUCCAUCUGUUGAGCAAGCAGGCACUGGAGCUCAUGGUCCCACAGACGAACGAGGAUCACCGCUCUUUGUGCCUGCGCAGCCAUCAGCUACUGUACCAGCAGGCGCACAGACUUCUCGGACAGACACAACACAGCAAGCGGCACGAACGCUGGCGGAUCAACCGCCUUCAUCCGAACAGCCAACACCAUCACAUCCUACAGCACCGUCAUCCUGGGGAGGCGAUAGCUGGUCGUUUGUCGACCAGCCCGAACAGAGCACGGAAUCUACUGCUCCAUCUAACGGCCAUCUUCCACAGCAUACCGAGGAACACGCUAGCCAGAAUGGCAGCUACAGCGGCAAAGGUAAAGGCCGGGCCGUAGAAGUUGAGGAUGUGCCGGAUCCGGAGUCUUAGUUGGAAGCAGCGACGGCAUGGAAGUUUAUAGAUUACAUUAACUUCAUUGGAGCAUAGAGAAGAACGGAACUUGGUACCAAAUCAUAGAGCAUGAUGGAU